AUGUUCAGCCCUUUCAGCUGUGCCACUUUCCACCACCAAGAAGUUGAUGAAGAUGAUGACCAACCCAUGGUUUCACCACCAAGAAAAUCUUCAAGAUCAAGAAGCACUGGCUUUCACAGAAGACAUAGCAGGGACACCAAGAACCCGUAUUCAAGCCGGGGCCUUGACAAGUUCUCUGCACUUGUAGCUGAUCUUGAGGAGAAAAGACAGAAGAUUUACGCUCAACCGGAUUCAAAAGACAUAAGCUUCGUCCGCUUUGUGUACAAGGACUCGACUGAUACAAGUCUUCCUGUUCCAGUCGUGGUUAAGCUCAGGGACAAAAAGGAAGACAAAACCAAGACUCUAACUGAUCACGAAGAAAAGCAUGCAACCCCUAAUAAUGAUCCUUCGUCCUUAGCCGUGAAAGAGGUCAAGCCGCCACCAAAAUUGGAACCUGAAAAACAGAGUGAGCAGAGGACAUUGUGGUGUUGGAACAUGAAAUCGGACAAGUGGAGAAGGCCAGCUUCUUAUCUGCCACUGGUUAUAAUCUUCAUUUUGGUUUUGUUGGCUUUGUUUGGGCGGUCAUUUGCAAUAUUAUGCACGUCUGUUUGUUGGUACGCAAUUCCAAUGCUGAAAGAGAGCUCAAAUAAUGCAACAACGGGAGCAAAGAAGAACGACUAUGUUAGAAGAUUGAGUGACAAGGAACUCAUGUCAUCUCCGAAAAGUAACCACAGAUUCUCGGGCAAACAUGUUCACCAAAAAAGUUUGUGA